CCAUGGGCUGGGCUGAGUGAGGCAGGAGAGGGAUGUGGUCAAAAGCAGCAGGAGGGGCUGGAGAGAGGCUGCAGAUGCUGUUGCUGGUCUCAGGACACCUCGUGGGCUGGAGCCCACUUCAGCUUCUCCAGCUGCAGCCCCGGGGAGGGAGCGAGGCUGCACUCUGCCUGAGAGUGGCUGCCUGAGACAGUGCCACGGGCUGCUGCUGAGCUCUAGCUUUCAAGGGACUGCUCUCCCAGCCAGACACUGCUUGGCUUCUUUUUUUGGUGGUGGUGGUGGGGGGGGGGACUUGGGGGUAUUUCAUCUUGGAAGCUCUGGGCUGGGUUUCAUUUCCUUUUUGAUGUUAAGUAGUUACCUCCAUGAGAACUGACUUCAGGUUACUCAUCUAGGAGGAGAGCAGAGUGGUCCCCACGCUGGAAAUGAGAAAGGAUGACAGUUUCUGAGAUUUAACUGUUAAUGCUUGGAGGUCCCCCUCACCCAUUCAAAAUGCCUUUUAAAACAUUUGAUACCUUCAAAGAAAAAAUUCUGAAACCUGGAAAGGAAGGAGUGAAGAACGCCGUGGGAGAUUCAUUGGGGAUUUUACGAAGAAAAAUUGAUGGGACCAAUGAGGAAGAAGAUAACACUGAGCUGAAUGAAGAAGGAAGACCAGUGCAAACUUCCAGGCAGAGGUCCCCCCUCUGCAGCUGCCACUGCUGUGGCCUUCCCAAGCGCUACAUCAUUGCCAUUAUGAGUGGGCUGGGCUUCUGCAUUUCCUUUGGGAUUCGGUGCAAUCUUGGAGUAGCCAUCGUGGAAAUGGUCAACAACAGCACUGUAUACGUUGAUGGAAAACCAGAAAUUCAGACAGCACCGUUUAACUGGGAUCCAGAGACAGUGGGCCUUAUCCAUGGAUCUUUUUUCUGGGGUUAUAUUGUGACACAAAUUCCAGGUGGUUUCAUUUCAAAUAAGUUUGCUGCUAACAGGGUCUUUGGAGCUGCCAUCUUUUUAACAUCAACCUUGAACAUGUUCAUCCCUUCUGCGGCCAGAGUGCAUUACGGCUGUGUCAUGUGUGUCAGAAUCUUGCAAGGUCUAGUGGAGGGUGUGACCUACCCUGCCUGCCAUGGGAUGUGGAGUAAGUGGGCACCACCUUUGGAGAGAAGCCGACUGGCCACAACCUCUUUUUGUGGUUCCUAUGCGGGGGCAGUGAUAGCCAUGCCUCUGGCUGGGGUGUUGGUGCAGUACAUUGGAUGGGCCUCUGUCUUUUACAUUUAUGGCAUGUUUGGGAUUAUUUGGUACACGUUUUGGCUAUUGCAGGCCUAUGAGUGCCCAGCUGCUCACCCAACAAUAUCCAGUGAGGAGAGGACCUACAUAGAGACAAGUAUAGGAGAAGGAGCCAACGUGGUUAGCCUCAGUAAAUUUAACACACCGUGGAAAAGGUUUUUCACAUCAUUGCCGGUUUAUGCAAUCAUUGUGGCAAAUUUUUGCAGAAGCUGGACUUUUUAUUUGCUGUUAAUAAGUCAGCCUGCUUACUUUGAAGAGGUCUUUGGAUUUGCAAUAAGUAAGGUGGGUCUCCUGUCAGCAGUCCCACACAUGGUUAUGACCAUCAUUGUGCCUAUUGGAGGACAAUUGGCUGAUUACUUAAGAAGCAGAAAAAUUUUGACCACAACGGCCGUCAGAAAAAUCAUGAACUGUGGAGGUUUUGGCAUGGAGGCAACUUUACUCCUGGUGGUUGGCUUUUCCCAUACCAAAGGGGUGGCCAUCUCCUUUCUGGUGUUUGCUGUAGGAUUUAGCGGCUUUGCUAUUUCAGGUUUUAACGUCAACCAUCUGGACAUUGCCCCCCGCUAUGCCAGCAUUCUCAUGGGGAUCUCAAAUGGAGUGGGGACCCUUUCUGGAAUGGUCUGUCCCCUCAUUGUCGGUGCAAUGACCAAGCACAAGACCCGUGAGGAAUGGCAGAAUGUGUUCCUUAUAGCUGCCCUGGUGCACUACAGUGGUGUGAUCUUCUAUGGAGUCUUUGCUUCGGGGGAGAAGCAGGUGUGGGCUGACCCUGAGAAUCUCUCUGAGGAAAAGUGUGGAAUCAUUGACCAAGAUGAAUUAGCCGAGGAGACAGAACUCAACCACGAGAGUUUUGCAAGUCCCCAAAAGAAGAUGUCUUAUGGUACCACCACCCAAAAUUGUGUAGUCCAGAAGAAGAAAUGGAGAGGACAGAGGAGAGUGACCCUCGAUGAGGAAGAGCUGACAUCCUACCAGAAUGAAGAGGGAAACUUCUCAGAUACAGCCUAAUGUCUGAGGGGCACUUCCGUCUUCUCUUAACCUAGAGCCAGAAAGUAUCCAUACCUAUUGCCUUUCCCAUAGCCCAGCUUGCCAGAGGGUCAAAUAUGGCGACAUUGGAGGUAGGAGAGGGGAGGAGAGGAAAGCUAAUCAGCAAUAGAGAAAGAAAGGAAAAAUAUUAUCUUGCAAUGACAUGUUAGGGUAUGGAGCUUGCUCCCAGUUGACAAAAUGGGGAUAAAUAUAUAAUUUUUUUUGGAUUGGCAGUUGACUCUUCUCAAAGAAGUGUUCUCAAAGUUUCUCAAAGAACUGAACUUACUCAGAAAGGAAUGACUAGAAGAAUAAGGGAGACAGUACCAUGCUGUUCAAAGAAAAAUUGAAGGAAUUGAGCAUAUUUGGCCUGGAGCAGAGAAAACAGUACCUGUCAUCUCAUUUCCGAGGGCAGCCAUGCAGAAGAGGGUUUCCUAUUCCCAAUGAAGCCUACUGCUCAUGGAGGCCCUGCAUUGUGCCAGGUGCUUUGUAAACAUUCUCAUUUAAUUUCCACACCACUAUGACAUACCUUUCUUGUCUUAAUUUACAGCUAAGGACACUAGAGCAACAACAUAUUGAUUUGCCCAAGGGCCAGGGCUGAAACUGGUGGGGUCCAAAAUAGGUGGCAGUUUUGGGAAAGAAGUUUACACCUCAAAGUAGAGAAGACUUUUUUUUUUUUAAAAUAAUGAAAACUGAAACUGGAGAGGGUUGUUUUGGGGAUAAUUCCUGAUUUUGGCAGGCAUGGGGGAUGGGAAACAUCUGGGUUGGUGUGAAAACAUUGGUAUUUAUGAGGGGCUGGAUUCAAAGAUCCUGGGUUCAGAGAGAGGUUAAAACAUAACAAAGAAAGAAAGAAAGGAAGAAAAAAAGAAAAGGAAAAUAAGCUAGGUAAGAUAGCUAAAUCUUCAGGAAUCUGAUGUCCAGAAUGGCUGAGAAGUAAACAAGCGCUUGGCUAAAUUUUGACCCUUCAUGGUAUCAAGAAUGUAGUUAAAUAAAUAAUGCCCCAAAUUACUUAUACAUCUUUAAGACAUUUAGUAAUUUAAGAAGUUGUUUCAUGCGUUUUUUUGGGUAAAAUUCUCUUAGAAGAGUCUCCUGUUUUAAAAAAAUAUAUGUCUUUAGCCAUUUCUCCUAGUGAUAUUUGGAAGUUUUAUCAAACUAUGCGCAACUAUGGUUGAAGUAUUCCUAAUGACUGUAUUUGGAAUGUUAUUGGGGAAAAUCACAAUAAUAUAGUAGUAAUUGAAAUGAAAUGGGGAAAUGAAAUGAAAGCAUGAAUGAAAGCACUGUGACAACUAGACCCAUAGCUAAUGUUGAAAAAUUCAUCUUUGAUUGCAUAAGGCAAUAACAUGGAUACUCUCUGGAUAUAUUUUAAAAUCUAAUGAUAUUUUAAAAUUUAAAGUUGGCAUGUAAAGGAUUGUUUGAAAAUAAAAUUACUUUCCUGUUCAUUGGUUUUGAAAAUUUUAUUUCUACUUUCAGAAGAAAAAUAUAAUGUCAAGGAAAAAUUAUAGAUUUACUUGUAUAGCUUAUUAUAAAGUGUUUUUUGUAAGUUCUCCCAUAUACAUUUAUUGUCCCUAACUGUACCAGUAGAGUUGCAGUGUAUUUUUAAAAAAGAAUAAUUUUGAGAGAAAAAAAAAAUUGCCUGACUCUCUAGUAAAUAAUAUCCUAUAUGUCAUUGGUAUAUAAUUUAUGUUAUCCUGUAUCUCUAAAUCUCUUUAAUGAGUGAAUGCAUGUAAGUCCCGUAAAACAGUUCCUGGCAUGUAGAAAGUGCUCAAUAAACCUUAGCUAUCAUCAUCAUGAUCAUCUUGCAACCUUUCUGGGAACUUUUCAGUUGAAAAGAAAGCAUGCUUAUAUACUUUUCAUCCAUUAGCCAUAGAAUUUAUUGUGAAGGUUGUGCUGUUUUCUAAGUAAAAAAGAAAGAAAAAGAGAGAAAUGUAUGGUAGCCAUUGUUUUAUUUUUUUCUUCUGUUAAUAAAGUCAAAUAACCAUUUAAAAAACUCCUGAUAAUCCUUAAGGUAAUAUCGUAGACUGCAAUACAAAGUUGUAUUUAUUCCAUCAUUUAAAGUCAAUGUCAUAUGCAGAAAUACCACAUUUUGAGAAAUCAAAGCAUUUAAGGUGCCUGUAUAACUUUCCCUUCUAAUAUUAAAGAAAGAAAAAAGAAUGGAGCCCUGGGUCGUGGUGUUGAAAUGAAAACACAUUAUUUUGUUGUGAUGGGUUUUGCAAAGGUUGCAUUGCACAGAUAAUUACAUUUGAACACCAGGCAGAUGCAGUUUUCAAGUCCAUGUAUAUUUUGCUGCAAAUAUCCAUUUGGAGGUCAACCCUUGGAGGCAAACCAUAGAUUCAGCAGAAGGGAAUGGAAAGCCUGAGCGUGUUGGAUUCUUGAGACAAGAAAUGUUUGACUGUCUCUUUUUAAAGAAUGCAAGUCUUGGAGACUCCUAAAUAUGACCAAAAAAAAAAUUAUUCAAGAAAUCAUGGCACAUUUGUUAUCCCUGUGUGGAUGUUAAGUUCAACAGGUAAAAACUGGAACAUACUGUUUCUCUUUCACACUGCCUCCUUCUGACCCCAACACACUUGUUCUUCCUUCUCUGUUUCUUAUCUAAGCGAAUCACAUCCCUCUAUUGCUGGAGCCAGAAAUCUUGGAGUCGUCUUUAACUUUUUUAAAAACAUAAUCCUUUCUCUCUCUCUUCCCUGCCAAAUCUAUUUAAUUUAUUUUUCAGUCUGUGGAUCAAUGUCUUACAUUGGUUUUGGAAAAAUUUCAGCUAUUACCUCUUCUGAUACUGCUUUUGCUUUACUUCUGAGCAAUUUCUAAGAGUCCA